UCAAAAAUGUCAAACUUUGUUCAGGAAUUCGAAGACGACGAACAGUUCCAAAGUGCCGGUGGCUCACAGCACUCUAUCGGCAGUCCUAAUCCUACUGAAAACGACCCGGAUGCAGAGGUUGUAGCAUUAUCACCAAGGACUUUAAUGGCAACGAAUAGGUACAUUUGCGAGGUGUGUCAUAAAGGAUUCCAGAGAGACCAGAAUCUCCAGCUUCACAGGAGAGGACACAACUUGCCUUGGAAACUCAAGCAAAGGCAGAACACACAGGCUAAGAAGAGGGUGUAUGUUUGUCCUGAGCCAACUUGUGUCCAUCACGAUCCAAGUCGGGCUCUCGGUGACCUGACUGGCAUAAAGAAGCACUUUUGCAGAAAGCAUGGAGAGAAGAAAUGGAAGUGUGACAAAUGCUCGAAACGGUAUGCUGUUCAAUCAGACUGGAAGGCACACACCAAGAUAUGUGGAACUCGAGAGUAUCGUUGUGAUUGCGGUACAAUUUUCUCAAGGAAGGACAGCUUUGUCACGCAUAGAGCCUUUUGUGAUGCAUUGGCAGAGGAGAACUACAAAGUGAACCAGAAUCUCGCUGCCACAGGAGGAAUGUUACAAGCGCAAGAGCCUUUCAGUUCAUCAAUGCCAAGCUCGGACGCCUGCACAAACAAAAGCGCAGCAAUGAAUCUCACGAUUUCUGCCGAGAACUCUGACAGUGCAUUGAGACCGUUAUCUUUGAACUCAUCCGGGAUGGUGAUGUCGAGUAAUUUAAAUCCAAGAACUUCACUGCCUCUGGCUUGUUUUAGCUCUUUGGACGGAUCAAAUACUUCUCCUUUGGCAAUUGGCUCUAGUUAUACGUCAGCAACAGCUCUCUUACAAAAGGCUGCAGUAAUGGGUGCAAAAAUCAGUGACAACUCAAUCGCCCCAAUACUCUUUAAAGGAUUUAAUGGAUACUCUACAACCAGCAUGAACUCAUCUGGGUCAGUCUUGGAGGGUUCUUCAAUAGAUGGUAGCAACAUAAGACCACAUGCUGCAAAUAUGAACGGUAUAUAUUUGGGAGAUACAGAGAUGUUUGACAAGAAUUUGGAUCCAGGUUAUCCAAGAAAUUCAGUUUUUCAAACUGGGUUUUUUGAAUCUCCUCUCCUUAUGGACAUAGAAAAUGGAAAUGCCGCUCAUGCACUGGCCGGUGAAGCAUACAUGGGAGGCAGUGAAAAAAUGACAGUUGAUUUCCUAGGAGUGGAACCACCAACUGGUCAUUCAGCUGUGGGGAGGAAGCGAAAUUAUGAAGGCAACAUAAUGGGGUUAGGAUACUCGAACGCACAGCAAAACUUGCACAACUUGCAUUCAGAUUGGUAAACCAGUGAAGAAUUCCGCUCGCACAGGCAG